AUGGCGACUCCCAGUCCUGACAGCAACUCCUCCAGCUCCAGCAACAGCUUCAACAGUGUAGGAUCCGCGUCGCAUCAAUUUAACCAGCAGACACAGAGUAGCAGUAUGCAAGAAACCAACAGCUGCUGGAGAUGUCAAAAUGAAACAGGAUUUCAGAUAAGCCUUUCUGGAGUUUCCAAAAGUAAACGUAAAGCGCUGAAGCUGAAUUUCGCAAGCCCUCCCGUGAAGCCAGCGUCCCGCCUCCCGCUCAAUCCAACACCCCCCUCUUUCCAGAACCCUCACAUAGAGCGGCUGAGAACGCACAGCAUCGAGUCGUCGGGGAAGCUUAAGAUUUCUCCUGAGCAGCACUGCGACUUCACGGCAGAAGAUUUGAGAGACCUUGGGGAGAUCGGCCGAGGGGCGUACGGCUCCGUCAACAAGAUGGUCCAUAAACCCACGGGACAGAUUAUGGCAGUCAAGAGGAUUCGUUCCACCGUGGAUGAAAAGGAGCAAAAGCAGCUGCUGAUGGAUCUCGAUGUGGUGAUGAGGAGUAGCGACUGUCCAUACAUUGUCCAAUUCUACGGGGCUCUCUUCAGGGAGGGGGACUGUUGGAUUUGUAUGGAGCUUAUGUCUACCUCAUUAGACAAAUUUUAUAAAUAUGUGUAUUGUGCGUUUGAUUAUGUCAUUCCAGAGGAAAUAUUAGGCAAAAUAACAUUAGCUACCGUGAAAGCACUGAACCACUUAAAGGAAAACUUGAAAAUAAUUCAUAGAGACAUCAAACCUUCCAACAUUCUUAUGGACCGAAAGGGCAACAUCAAGCUGUGCGAUUUUGGGAUCAGCGGCCAGCUCGUCGACUCCAUAGCCAAGACCAGAGAUGCUGGCUGCAGGCCUUACAUGGCACCUGAAAGAAUAGACCCCAGUGCCUCUAGACAAGGCUAUGAUGUCCGCUCUGAUGUUUGGAGUUUGGGAAUCACCUUGUACGAGCUGGCCACCGGAAGGUUCCCAUACCCCAAGUGGAACAGCGUUUUUGAUCAGUUGACGCAAGUGGUGAAAGGGGAGCCUCCACAGCUCAGUAAUUCAGAGGACCGGCAGUUUUCCCCCAAGUUCAUCAAUUUCGUUAACUUAUGCCUUACAAAGGAUGAAUCUAAAAGGCCAAAGUACAGGGAGUUGCUGAAACAUCCAUUCAUUCUUAUGUAUGAAGAGCGUUUCGUGGAUGUUGCCAGUUAUGUAUGCCGCAUCCUGGAUCAGAUCCCGGCCUCUCCAAUCUCUCCUAUGUAUGCAGACUAA